UAUCUAUCUAUCUAUCUAUCCUCAUAUGUCUUUCCAUUUACCCCCCAACCUGUCUUGCUAUCUAUUAUAUGCAGGCAUUUUACAUCAUACCUGAGGAUGGUAAUUUGAUUCAGUAUGUGCAUGGUUGCAUAAUGUAAAUAUAUGACUAACAUAAAGAUGUUAUUCCUGAUGAUGUCUUUAGGUAGAGGGAUCUCAACUUUUGCUUUUAGUUAAUUGGGCUCGUAGGCUAAUAAAUGUAUAUUGUACAAGAUAGAAGUAUAAUCUGCUAUGGGAAGGGAGGUAGGGAUAAUGUAUGUAGCUGUUAUAGAAAACAAUCAGCACAACUUACUUUGCCAUGUCCUACUUUGCCAUGUCCACCAGUAAAGAUGCCAGAUCUAGUGAAGUAAAGAUGGAUAUUCCUUUUGGGUCAGUACAUUGUAUUACAUUGCAGGCCAUAGUGGUACAUGAGUGGUUAAAUACAGAUGAGCACACGUUUCUUGCACAUGUUUAUCAUUAUAGAUAUAAGUAUGGUGGUGACCCCCCUCUGGAUCAAAUGUAACUAUCAUAACAAGACAGAUCAGACCUUUUCCAAGGGUUUUGCUCGUGGAUCAGAACAAGAGGACCAUUUUAGUAGGUGGGAUGUUAUUGAUCACAAUAAGUUCCAGGACUAUGAGGAGCAUACAUACAGAGAAACUGUAACCUCUCUGGUUCAGUGACAGAGCAGUAUAUACUAUAUACUUGUCCAAGGUCUUCACUAUGGAUACAGCAAUGGCUUAGUACAAUAGUAGUGGGUCGGGAUCCUCAGCCUGGAAAUGUGCUCUGGAGCAGGGACAGGACUAGGACGCCUCUGCGAUCAUCCCAGCUAGAAGAAGCCAUGAGAGGCACAAGCCUUGCUUGCCUGGAUGCUGCGGUCUCUUUGCGGUUUCUCCACCGGCCCAAGGCUGAGCAGCAUUAGGCAGGAUCCAUUAAUAACUAUGGCACAGAUAGCGAGAUCUCACAGCGCGCAGACGGCAGCCUCACAGCAAAAUCAAUAGAGGAAUAAAUAGGCUGGAGUUUUUUGUGCCUGAGCAGUGGGUUUCAUGUAGAAUUGCAGCAGAUUACCGCUUACUUAUCGACUCCAUCGCUAUUGCACUUUCUACCAUAGAUCUCAGGCUGCAUCAAAUAUUUAUCAUAUUUUAUAAAUCCAGCACUACUACAUUUUUUUUUUUCCACAUUAUGAGAGCUGUGGGAUGCAUGGCCUGGAUUGGGCGCUGGGAAAUCACGUGUCCUGCAGUCACAUGGUCAGGGAGGAAAAAGGGGGUCCUUUUUGGUGUAAAUCUGGACUCUAAUUCUGUAAUAUAUCACGGUACCUCGUAAAACCGACACUAAAACGUCCCGGCCUACAAAUCAUCCGGCCAAAUUAUGAGUUCAUUGUAUUAUGCCAAUGCUUUAUUCUCCAAAUAUCCAACUGCAACUUCUGUCUUCCCAUCCGGAGUCUUCCCGGAGCAAACUUCGUGCGCCUUUGCUUCCAAUAGCCAGCGGCCGGGCUAUGGCUCGGGGAGCGGGGCGUCCUUCCCCGGAUCCAUGGCCGGGAUCUACAGCAAUGGGAGCAGCAUGCACCCCCAGAGCCCCGCCAUGUACCCUCCCUCCGGCUACGGGCUGGAGGCGGCCUCCUUUAACAUGCACUGCUCUCCGUUUGAGCAGAACCUUUCUCUGAUGUGCUCCGGUGACUCCUCCAAGCAGAACUGCACAAAGAGCGAGCAGAGGGACUCUGACCUCAGCCACGAGAGCAACUUCCGAAUCUACCCCUGGAUGAGGAGCACAGGCACCGACAGAAAGAGAGGCCGCCAGACCUACACCAGGUACCAGACCCUGGAGCUGGAGAAGGAGUUCCAUUACAAUCGCUACCUGACCCGACGGAGGCGCAUAGAGAUCGCACAUGCCUUGUGUCUGACUGAACGACAGAUAAAAAUCUGGUUCCAGAACCGCAGGAUGAAAUGGAAAAAGGAGAACAAGGCUUCCAGCCCUUCCUCAAACAGCCAGGAAAAGCCUGAGACUGAGGAAGAGGAAGAGGAGUGACCAGACCCCUGAAAAGACUGGUGUCCCCUCUACAAGAUCCACUGGCUUUCCUGGAUCGUGUCAUACUACCUAGAUCCCUUUUAUACUAUAGGGUUAGCUACCUAUAAACCCCCCAAUGUGGUGACAGAGUAGAUUCAUUUUGAUGUGACUCCAUUUAGUAAACUUCACAGGUCGUACAAAGUUCUCAAGACACCAGAACAGAGAAGAAAGACCCUUAAAAAAAAAUCCAACCAUUGUGACUGUGCUUAGCUUCUCGGAUCGACCAGUGAUAGGAGAUCCCAAUUGUUUGUGUAGGACUGUGCGUUGUUUUAUCCCAUUAUAAUGAUGACGUCCUGUGGUUGAUAGUCCCACAUUUGUUGUGGAUUAGUAAAAAAAGAAAUAAAUAAAAUAGUUGUCUAAUAUUUGAACCAGAAGAACUGACAAUUCUCGUCAUGUAUACGUGUAUGUGCAGAAAUAUGUGCUGUAUUAUUAUAAUUUAAUCAGUGAUUUUUAUCCUUGUUUGUAAAUGCUCUGAUCUUGUCAUAUUUCCAAAAAAUAAAAAAAAACAUU